GGAGGGGAUAUAUACAGGCGGACGGGGUGUUUGGGAGCAGUUUGGGAAAGGGGCGACGCGUGAACGAGCCUCAAAGAGUCAAAGGGGUGUGCAGUGGACGCCCGUCUCGCACACUCCCCUCGCCAUAACAUACACAGGCAGCACUCCCAGCCAUACCUCAUAGCCCUCAUCCAUACAAGGGCUCUCUCUCUGGUCUCUCCCCUCCCUCGUCUCUCCUUCUCCUCCUUCAACCUCCUCCACAAAUGGCUGCCUCCUCGUUCGCCGCCGCAGAGGCCGAUGCCGGUCUCACCGGCGAUACGCCCACAGGCCCGAUGUCCAAGUCUGGUUUGCAGUCCCUCCUAAUGUCCCUAAGCGUGAUCCUCGUCUCCGAGAUCGGCGACAAAACCUUCUUCAUCGCCGCCAUCCUCGCCAUGAAAUCCCCUCGCUUCCUCAUCUUCUCCGCCGCAAUGUCCGCGCUGGGGAUCAUGACCGUUCUGUCCGCGGUGCUGGGCCACAUUGCGCCCAUGCUGAUCUCAAAGGAGUACACGCAGCUCGGGGCCAGUGUGCUGUUCUUUGUGUUUGGGGUCAAGAUGGUGCACGAUGCGUGGGGGAUGCAUGGCGGGGAGGGGAAAGAGGAGUUGAGGGAAGUCGCGGCGGAGUUGGAUGAGAAGGAUAGUUCGCAUGAUCUGAGUGUGGCUGAGGGCGGCGGCGAUGAGGGGUCCGAUGCCGGGAAACCGCGGAUCGUGUCCUCCGCAGCGACGGGCACCUACCUUGGCCGCCUCGUGUCGGACUUACUAGGGGCCAUGGAGACAGCCGUCAAGAAAGUGGCGCACCCGGUCUGGAUCAAGGCGUUCGUGUUGACGUUUCUGGCAGAGUGGGGCGAUCGGUCGCAGAUUGCGACGGUGGCGUUGGCGGGGGCGGAGGAUUUCUGGUGGGUGACGAUCGGCACGCUGGUCGGGCAUGCCGUCUGUAGUACCAUUGCGGUGGUUGGGGGACGGAUGCUGGCCGCGAGGAUCAGUGUCAAGACUAUCACUAUGGCCGGCGGAAUCCUCUUCCUCAUCUUUGGCGUCUUUGCCUUCCGCGAAGCCACCGCAGGGUUCAACCACGAGGCCCUGCUUGCGAAAUGGAGGGACAGGACGGCGACACAUUCGGGGUCGGAUAGCGGGUCGACUGGGACGUCGUGAGCUGUGCAAA